AUGGAUAGUGAUCAGAGCUUUCUGGAGGAACUUAGUGACUGGAGUGGAUCAAGCAGCCAAAAUGAAAAAGAGCCGAAUGCAAUCAACAAACACAGCCAUGUAACACAUUCCGGGCAGUGCACGCUAGAUGGAGGGACAGUUUAUGAAGAGGUGAAAGAGAGUGUGAGUUUCAGCAAGACGCACCAUGAAUUAAACCAGGGUAAUCUUGGCACAAUAAUUUAUCCCUCCAAUUUGGAGGUGAGGAAGUAUCAGGAGGAAAUUGUCAAGAAAGCGGUUAUGGAAAAUGUUUUGUGCUCUCUUCCAACGGGUCUCGGUAAGACAUUUAUCGCGGCAACGGUGAUGCUGAAUUUCUACCGGUGGGUGGAGCGGGCGAAAAUAAUUUUUAUGGCACCGACGAGACCGCUUGUGGCCCAGCAGAUGCGCGCGUGUUACGGUAUCGCGGGACUCCCGCUGGAGGACACCGCGGUUCUUGUGGGGGUUACCCGAAAAGAUCGGGCUGUUCUGUGGGAGACGCGACGAGUUUUUUUUUCCACCCCGCAGAUGGUUGCCAACGAUUUACUUUCCGGGCUCGUUGACCCGCGAAAUGUAUGCUGCGUAGUGGUAGACGAGGCUCACCGGGCUCGGGGUGGCAGUUAUGCCUACUGCAAAGUUGUAGAAAGGCUUGACAAAUUAAAUACGAGUUUCCGUGUUCUUGCCCUAACUGCUACUCCAGGUGCAACAGUCGAAUCUGUUCAGAAAGUCGUCGAUAAUCUUGAUAUAUCUUCAAUUCAACUAAGAACUGAUAAAGAUCCUGAUGUACUCCAGUACAUGAAUUCACGCUCACUAGUCGAAAUUGACUGCGAUAUCACUCCGGAAAUCCAGCAUGCGGUGAUUCUUAUUUCCGAAGCCAUUUUACCUGUGUUAAAGCGGGCCAACUCCGCCGGAAUUUACGAUAUUACUGACCCUGCGCGGAUCAAUCAAUUCAUGGCCUUGGAGAAGUCACGUGCCGUUGUUGCCAAUCAUAGACUUCCAGAGGGUCUCAAGUGGACAUAUUUCUUUAUCCUACGGCUACUUUCCGAGGUUGGCAACUUUUUCCGCCGUCUUAAUGUCUACGGAAUUGUAACCUUUUACGGCUUUUUCCUUGACAAGUACACAGAGUUCACCACAAAGUACCAGAUGAAGAAAUCAACCAAUAAGUUGGCGGCGUCGUUUUACUUCAGUCCCCAAAUAUCAGAGCUCAAAAGUUAUAUCGAAAAACUGAUUGCCGAGGAUUCGAAGAAUUCUGCAAAUCCUGGCCUUAAAGUUGUUGCUGGUACAUUUUCCCACACAAAAUUCCAGGAACUAGUUAAAAGAGUUACCACAUUUUUGCAGCAGAAGGAGCAUGAAAGCCACGGAAAUUCAUCCAUAAUUGUCUUCACCGAAUUUCGGGACAACGCACUUGAGAUUGUCCGUUGCCUUGAAAGUGCCAAUAAGCUUGUUUCUUCUGCAGAUUCGCACUCCAAGGAUUUAGUUCGACCCCACAUUUUCAUCGGACAGGCGAAAGAGAAGAGCCGAUUUGAUGAAGAGACAUUUCGGAGCACUAAAGGUCGUAAAAAGAAGAAGAACCCCAAGAAGAAGAAAAAGAAUGAAAAGAAUUCCGAUAGUCCGUUGGCCACUCGCUUGGGAUCUUCUGAAACUGCGCAGGCUAAGGGAAUGUCACAGAAAGAUCAGAAAGAACUUCUCUCAAAGUUUAAGGAUGGCGUUUACAAUGUGUUGGUGGCAACUUCAAUUGGAGAAGAAGGUCUAGAUAUUGGAGAGGUGGAUAUGAUUGUCUGCUUUGAUUCUACAUCCUCUCCAAUCAAAAAUAUCCAGCGAAUGGGAAGAACUGGUCGUAAAAGAGCUGGCAAUGUUGUUAUGUUGUUCAGCUCCAAUGAGCGUGAAAAGUUUGCUAGAGCAAUGGAUAAUUAUAGAUGGAUUCAGAACAAGAUCAGGAGUGAUGAUAAUAUAAUUGAUCUUCACCCAUCUGAUAGAAUUUUUCCAAAGGAGUACAAGCCUGCUUUGGAGUACAGGAAAAUUACAAUUCCGGAGACUAACAAAAACUUGCUUGAUGAAAACGGUGAAGAUGACGAUGCAUUUAUUGAGGAAGCUGCAUCUAUCACCUCAGCUCGGAAAAAUAAAGCAAAGAGGAAGAGUAGAAAGCGCAAGAAGACAAGAAAAGAUAGUGAUGAUGAUAGGCAGAUGAAGCUUACCAAAAAAAUGUUCAUGCCUGAGAAUGCACACACCGGAUUUAGGCCUGCCUCUUCAAUGAUCAGAAAGGUUGUGAGUCAGAAGCAAAAGCAGGAAAACAAGCUAAUUGAAAAGAAGAAAGAGAAAGAACUUGAAAAGGCAGAUGAAACUUUGCUUAGUGAUGAGGUUGAGUGUAAUCGACUGACUCCCAGCCAAUUGUUUUCGGAUCCACCAGAAACUACCAAUGGGAAGAGUAAAGAAAUUGCAAAUGAACCAAUCUUAAUCGAUCUCUCGCAGUUUACCGACGAUGAAUUGAAAAAUGAUGAUAUAGGAGGGGAAGCACAGAGUGAGGAAAUUUCGGAGGUUGUGAAGGCAAAUAGUGAAUCGAAGACAGAAGGCAGUGAUGUUCAAUUUAGGGAUGUAACUGAUGAUAAAAAUAGCAUACGUGCAAAUGAACAAAUUGAGGAAAAUGAAAGUGUGGAAAUUUCCAACAAAACACAUAACAAGAAUUUGUUUACAUAUAAAAAGGACAAACAGAAUAAUACGAUUUGGAAUUCGAAAGGGGAAGGGAAAUCUGAGGAAAUACCUACGUUACCAUCUAACGCAGUGUCAGAUAAAUUUGCUUUUAAGGAACAGGUAGAUGUGUGCAAGCAGGUUAUUCCAAAAGGAGAUGCAAUUUUCAAUAUGAAUUUCAAAGAACGAGAGGGCUUUAUGAGCCAAAGAGAAGAAAUGGAGUUUUAUUCGAAAUACUUUACCGAUGACAAGGAUUUAUACUAUGAUCCGAGGCGCUUCAAUAUAAUUGAUGAUCCGUUGAUCUGCAUCAAAAGGGGCGGUUCUAAAUUUGGAAAAGUUCCACACUCUUCAGCUUCAAAUAUGAUGAUAGAAUGGCACAGAGCACUUCAGAAGGAGUGA